AUGACUUACGCCACACCCGCCGCGGUCAUUGUUAUAAGCGUUCUUUUCCCCAUCCUCGGUAUCCUCGUCGUCUCUCUGCGCUUCUACACGCGAGGAAGGGCAAAGAUUCGGCCAUGGAUAGACGACUGGCUGACCAUUCCGGCAUUGCUGCUGGAAAUUGCGCUCGCCGGCCUUCUCAUCUGGGGCGCUGCGACGCAUUCGCUGGGAGACCUUCUUCCGCCGCCGAAUGUGCCUGGUCCGGAUGGUUACUUGCUAUCGGACUCUGAUCAGCAGAUUCGGCUUCAACAGAUACAAUACUUCUUCGACUUCAUCGGCGUCUUCGCAUUCGGCACGCUGAAGCUCAGCAUCCUAUUUUUCUACAGGAAAAUAUUCUGCGCCAUACCAUCGACAAACAGUGGCCGCGCUCCAAUCUUCGACAUUAUCACCACGGUAAUGAUUGUCCUGGUGGUCGUGUGGACGCUGGCAUUCGGAAUCGGCGCAAUCUUUCUGUGCGGAGUGCAUCCCAAAAAUGCAUGGGCGCCGGUGGCUGUCGUUGCGGAAAAGUGUAGUGCGCAAUUGAUAUUCCUCGAAGGAUACGCUAUUUCGGAUUUUAUUAUGGAUGUUAUUAUAUGGGCGUUGCCGCAUCCAAAGAUUUGGGCUUUGCAUAUGGACUUUCAGAGAAAGCUUGCCGUGACGGGUGUUUUCUUUGUCGGUCUUCUCACAAUCGCGGCAUCCGCUACACGAAUGGCGAUUUACAUCAAAUACAUCGUGAACGCGUUCGCCCAAUCCGACGGCGAGACACUAAUAACAUACCUCCUCUUCUGGACCAUGAUCGAAUGCGGCCUCGGUGUCAUCGUUGUCUGCCUCCCGACACUACGCAGUCUGCUCGGCCGCUGGACUGUCAAAAUAUCUCCCGGAUCCAUCCUCAGCAAUAUACGGAAUGUGUGGACUCUGCACUCGUCUACAGCCUCAAACACCGAGCAGCGCGACAGUCGAUUCUACGGGUUCGAUAAAUCGGAUAAUCCGCCGUAUCUGCUUUCAAAUAUGCAGAGUAGUAGUGCUGGAGGGGUGGGAGCGAGCGUGCAAACGCAUAUUGUGGGAGCGCCGCAUGAUAUGGAGGGGCGCGAGUCGGUGGGUAGUGGAAUUGGGUUGAAGAGAGAGGUAGAGCAGUUUGAGUCUUGCUGA